AUGGUCGACGUCGAGUCAGCCGCCACGGACUUUACGGCACCUUUAUCGCCUUCGAACAUGCCCAUCGUAACCGUGAAACCAACAGCUUUUCAUCCACUUCCAGAGGAUACGCUUGUACUGCAAAAUACCCGCUCGUCUGCCGACAGCGUCACGUCCGCGCAACGCUCCUCCAACGCUAACGCUUCAGAGUCAAACGAUGCAAGACAUCAGCUCCCAAAGCGAGCUCCAGACGAGGAUGCACAAGCCGCUAGAGACAAACUCGAUCGAAUCAUCAAAGCACAGAAAACAAGACGGAAUUGGGCCAAAUCCACCGGUGUCACGAUGGUCUCCAAAGCGUUUGGCCGCAAUCAACGACGUCAACGAAGGAGGAGACACGGCCUUUCCUCGGACGAAGAGAGCGAUGAGCAGACCCACAAAGACGACGACGACGACAGAAAGGAUAAUAUGGACGAGGUCAAACUCAUGAUUACUGGAAACCCCGUUGUCACGAGAGUCUUUGACGCUGCGAACCGGGCAAAGGAACACUUUCGUGGUCAGUUCGACUCACCUGAAGCUUCACCUCGCGUCGAAGAAGCUGCUUUUCGCUUCUCCAUCAGCAGGCCAGCAAGCUCGCUGGCAAGACGCUUUCGCGCUCCAUCGACAGAGCCUCCGCCCGACUCUGGACUCAAAAGCGUCAAUCUUUCGCCUGCAGCUGAAAUGCCCGCUCGUGCUUCGAUCGAAGCUAACGCCGCUGCGCUCGACCGUCCAAGAUCGAGAAUUCGUCCGAAUUUAGCUCCCGAGUUGCUGGUCGUAGAUGAAGAAGGCCAAUCGCACGAGUUUGCGCUCGAAAUACCGACUCAAUCGCCGUCCCGUCGUCCAACGAUCCCCUUUUCAAGAAGCAUCAACAACACGACACCCAAUACCAACAUUUCCGACCCUCCGAGCAGCUCACCCCACUUUGCUGCGCUUUCGCCCUACCAAAACAAGCAGCAUCGUGGUUCUUCGCCCAGCAUCACAGCUGGUCAGAUCUACGACGAGCCAGAUCCUCAUGAUCACGAUCCGGCGCAUCGCGUCCGAACACCAACAUCAACCUCUUCUGCCUCAGAUGCGUCCAGCGACGACGAGCUUGACGACAGCGCACUCGCCUCGGACACAGACGAGGAAGGAGACCACAUGCUCCAAAUCAACUCUUUGAGCCUCGAGCACGGCGAGACGCUCACCAAGGAAGAAAUCAAGCGUCGCAAGAAACUCGUUCAUCGCGAGAUCCGGCGUAGAAAAGCCAACGGAGAGCCGAUCGAUGAUCUCAUCCACCUGCACGGAAAGUUUGGCCAGCUGAGUCACAAGGUGUCGAAGCGUGUUUCCAAAGGCAUUCACUACGCAUCCAGCCAGAGACGUAACCGGCGUGCGAUGGAUCGCUUUUCGCCGCAUCCAGCACAGCUUUCCUUGCAGACCGCAGACCUUGCACGCAGCACUUCUGCGCAGAGCGUAGGUGGCAUGACGCCCUUCUCGUCCAUCACGCCAUCCGUGUCGCGCAACAGCAACCACUUUGGCCAGAGGCGCGAGUCGAUUGCUACCGUGAUCAGCAGCCGAAGGAGCUCCAUGACCAUGGACGAAGAGGAUGCCGAUCCUCACAACGCUGAUGGUAGGACUACUCCUCGCAGAUCAAGCAUCAUCGAUCGCUCCAUUCUGAGUUCGCGCAACAGCAUUCGCAAGUACCUCCAUGCGCCCAAUGUCAUCAAGCGUCGUCGUCAGAGAAAGUGGGAAGCAGAGCUCGCAGCGUUAGAGCACGCUGCUCAACAAGAGGCUCGCCAGGCUGACCCAGAUGCCGAGCUCGACUCACUGCUGGCUAAGCAGGCGCAACUACAAGCCCCUUGCGACGCCCACAAGAUCAAGUACGAGUUUGACGUGCUCUAUGAAAAUCAGCGUGGCCUGCUCGUCUUUGGCAUUCCCAAAUUCAGCCCGAGGACGCUGUUUCAGUGGGACCCCUCCCCCUGGACGUCGGCUAGCGGCAAAAAGUCGGCCUACAACAUUGCAAACGCGCAGCUGCCCGAUCCGUCGUGGGAGUGGGCCUAUAGCGAAUGGUACAUCGACAUGACAGGCGAUGUCGACGAAGCAGGAUGGCAGUAUAGCGGCAACUUUGGUCGAAGGUUCUGGCCCAAUAUUUACUUCCCUCACGGCAGGCUUGGGCUGCCCAAGACAGGCGUCGAGGGCAUUCAAGAGAUGAAUGCUCGUCUUGCCGAGAAGGAAAAGAAACGCAAGCAAAAGGAAAGCACAAAGGAGGACGGCGGCUUUGAAGCUAUCAAACGUUCAGCGCGCGCUCGCUCGAGCAAGUGGACAGGAUCACCUGAUGCGUGGACGUUUGUACGGCGUCGUCGAUGGAUUCGACUUCGCCGCCGUAAGCCUCUGGCUAGCGCCACCAAGCUGAACGAAGCAUUGCCCACCCCUGCAACAACUGCUUCUCCAGCGCAGGAGAUUAGCGUGCCCGACAGUGCCACCAAAUUACCUAGAUCUCCGCGCCAGACUGGAGCCAAGCCUGGGCUUCCCGACGAGGAGCGGCAAGAAGAGAGCCCGUUGGGAAGCUCGGACGAAUCCGACUCAUCCUCCAGCGAAGACGAUCCGACACUGUUUGCGCCUGCUUAUGGCGGGGCUUCCGGCUUCCUUCCGCGUCGAUUGCCCGGUCACAUGGCCAAUGGUUCUCAUCCUGCGAGAAGCAAAGACCCGAGGUCCAGACGCAAGGAGCGCAAACACGCGCGCGAAUUUACAGGCACCAUUCGGGAGCUCAAAAGCCUCUUACCCUGCAUCAUCGCCAUGGAUCGCGAAGCCAGGGUUGGUCAUACGCCGACAUCUCUUAGUGCCAGUCAGAAUUCGUACAAGUGGGCGAUGCUCAAGAUCAACAAGGUCGACGCUCGCAACCCGUUCAUCAGCUGGCACCUUGUGAAACAACGAUUGCAGGAUGAAGACAUGGCGAUUGCUGCUACCACACUGAGGACUCUGGAGCGUAAGUUCCAGCAACGGCAGCUGGCUGCUAUGCACAAGAGGGAAGAGGUGGUGCCACAGGACCAUCUGCCGAUUCCGUCGAGCUUUCAGGCGGCGUCAAAGAGUAUUCGUUUUGACGGGAUCGCAGAGGCGCUUGACUGCGCUGCGGAUGCGGGUGCGGGUGCGGUGGAGGGUGCUAAUGCAAACGCAGGCUCGACACAACUGCUGGAGCCAUUUGCACAAACGUCUAGCGAAGGUCACGAGUUGACACGUGAAGCAUUGGUGGAGAUCAACUUUGCGCGCGUGCUGCGCGUGCUACGCGCAUGCAGGCUGGAUCGACAGCGCAUGGGUCUAUGGAAGCUCUGGUUGGGCGUCAUCUCGCUGGAUUCAUUGAUGGAGACAGCGCGACGUGAAGAUCUAGCUGCUCUGGGUCUGCUGUCAUCGCACACCGAGUAUGCGGGCGAUGCAUUGUUGGCGACGCGCGCGGUUUCGCCGGCGAAGGAUGCCAUUCCACACAUGAGCGGCGGUAGCUCGUUCCGGUACCGUCAACGCGCCGAGCGUGUGCGCGCGCGCUGGAGGGCUUCUGUGCCCACACCAGACGCUUCCGAUGUAUGGGAUCUGCUGGAACGCAAGCUGGACGACGUCUUGUUGCUAUUCGAGUUCCAGAGCAACCGCGCUAAGCUGAUCCGCUUGUUGCUCGCAGUGCACCAACGCUCGCAUCCCGAUCACGUGUAUCGCGAUCACUCGCUGCGCGCGAAUCCACUCGAGCUCUCGCCGGCGCAUGUGCACGGCGAUGCGCCCGAAAUGGGUGGUCCACCAGGCGGCGCGUCCAGCUCGCGGCUCGGAGGCUGGAAGCGAGCACGUCUGCCGAGGUUGGACUUCUACUCGGACUUGCUCAGUAUCUUGGCUGCAACACCGGGUAACGAGGCGACCACCAACUCAGAGUACAUCCUCAGUCAGCCGCAAGAGGAGGUGGCUAUGCCGCUCGCUCAUCAUUCGAGCGCAAAUGCGUUGAUCGAUACGCUGGAGGCGCAAGCAGUGUCGGAUUCGUUCCUGCACCACGAGAACAUUCCGUCCGGCUCGAACAGCCGAGAUGCAGGUCAAGACGCAGCGGUGGAAGCCAGUAGACUGAGUGCACGUGGUAUAGUCAGCACGUCCAGGAGUCCGUCGCCGGUGGUGAAGGGUCAGGCGGGUGUGUUGCCUUAUCGCAAGUCGCGCGUGGUGUCCGGCAGCAGCAGCUCGCUGGCGGCUGCGGACACACGCAGCCUGAGCGAACCGGUUGAUGUGGCAGAGUCCAUGACAGCCGCCACGGUCGGAGCUCGGUCCACUUGGGUUCAUUCGCAUCGACCAAAUGCACCUCAAGACGCAGCUAAGGGCUUGCAAUCACCGUCUGCUCUGGCGUCGAACGAUGCUCGAUCGAGCGUUGUAUCCAGUGCGCUACCAGCGCAAAGCACGCGCGACUCAGACGUAGCUGCGACCGGAAAAGCUGCGACAAGCCGAGCUCAGCCUGCAACGCAUACCGCACGCACUGUGGCAACACAAGCAUCCCGAUCUCCCCGACCACGCAUUCCGACAAGCGCCCGAUCCGUGUCCCCGCAAACACCCGCCAGUGAGCGUUUCUGA